AUGAUCGAGCAAAAUUGCCGUUGUGGGUAAACGCGCUAAAUACCUGCCAAAUCUGUUGAAAAUGUUAUUAACUCGAUUAGCUCAAGGGAUAAAUGUGAAAGUUAAUCAGUAAAGAAAUGGUGGUGCAUCCUCGGAGGCCUAGUGACAGUCGGGACGACACGAAGUAACCGAGUAGUGUAGUCGGCUCGACGAAAUUCUGCAACUGUACCGCUCGGGUUACGUGGUGUUGCCUCGGACUAACUGCUCUUAGCAGGGUUCGCAGGCAUCUUGAACGUCGUUGAAGUCCUUGGAUUGUUUGAUUGUUUUCACUUAGUGGAAGAAUUAAAAAAGACCUGUUAUUCUUGAACAAAUCUGACGGGUAUCCCUUAACCUGAGCAUGUAGUGUCACAUUCUAAUGGUAUUUUUUCAGUGAGUGGAGUCCUCGGAAAAAUCCGAAUUGUUUCCCAGAAAGGUCUUGAAAAGUCCUUGAAUUUGUCGUCUAAAAAUGAGAACGAACCCUGUCCAAGAGAGACCCGCGUCUCCGUUGACCCAUUGAUGGAAAGUGUGCAGACCAAACAGUUGGGUUUCUUCAAUGAAACUUUUCAACACUGAAUGAGUUAUUUGUAAUUCUUUUAGCUUAAAGGCAAGUUCAUAGAACUCUUUCCUUGCCUUGCAGUGCAAGUUAACUUAACUGAAACUCCGCUUGUUAUUUACGCCGUCACAAAUGUCAAGAUCAUCCCCUUAAAUUUUCGUUAAUUUGAAAUGGCUCUGAACCCUGCCUACAGAAUUGCAAAAAGUUGUAUCUUAAACAUGGUUAUCAGAAGUCGAUGGAUUUCAUCAAGGCGUUUAAUUAUAAGCGCUUGAAGCUAAAAUCAAGGCUGUAUUGAUAGGUUGUUUCGUUGCUAUAGUAACCUAUUAUGCCUAUUAAGAGGACCACAACUUGUUCACCAAUGAUUGGGCGUUUGUGUGAUACCUUUAUUGCAGCGUCACUUGUUAAACAGUGGUAGCAUUGAUCCGUCAAAGUAUAACUGUUGGAAACUGUUGCCAGCCACCCAUUACUUGCAAUCUUCCCGACUCUGCGCAGAUGACAUCAUGAAUACCGGAAGGCCAUUCCGAAAUUGCGCAGGGAACUGGGGCGAGUUUCAAAUUUAAACCAAUCAAUAAACUGACACCACUACAUGAAAGAUCACGUUGAGAGUAGUCAUUUGAACAAGUUUGAUGCUUUUAGGGUGAACAGAGACAAGUUACAGACCUUGAAACAUGGUGAGACGGCGUACCCCAAAACCAUAUAAACUCUUAAAAUUUUUUUCAUCAUAAUAAUUAUAAUGUUUUAUCGACUACCUCCGAUUAAAACGCAAGGAAAACAGCCACAUCCAGUGGAUUUUGAGAAUAUUUCAUGAUCGCACUAUCGCGAAACUCAACGUCGCAUUUAAUACAUUAAAAUUGUAAUUUGUAUUAAAUGAAGUUACCUUCAAAUAUGCAGGCUAUAAUUUAGAAAGAUUGUUUUGUUCCAGCCAAGCCGAAACAAACUCUAUCGGCUUUCCCACUAAAAAUACCUUUACGUCCAACAAGUGGUGCCUCGCCAUUGCGUUUGAACACGUGCACGAUUGACCCGCCCCCUACCCCCCCCCCCCGGGCCAAGACUGCCUUAAACAAUUCCCCGUCCCCGUGCACGAAGGGCUGAAUUUGUCCCGGGGGUUGCCCGGGAGGGAGAUGAUAACAGUUGGAAUUCUAGUACGCAUAAGCAUAAGUAUAAGAAUAUAAAAACUUUACGUUCUUAUGCUUAUGCGUGUGCUUAUGUCACUGUUAUGUUGUCCAGUGGGGACGUGGUUGGCAUAAGUAUAAAGAUAGCAUAAGUAUAAGCAUGUAAGCAUAAGCGAAAGACUUUCAGCCAAUCAGCGAGCACUUUAUGCUUAUGCCGACCAUGUCCUCCGGCCCUAGACAUAACACCGACAUAAGCAGAAGCUGAAGCAGAAGCAGAAGGCUUAUGCUUAUGUCGCAGCCGUUCCCACUAGUGUAUAAGCUUCUUUUAUACUUCUGCUCAUGCUUAUGCUUGCGUCGCAAGUGAGUACCGUGCUUUCUGACUCCUUGUAUCUCUGCAGUGAGUGGUUUCAUGGCAAGAAACGCACUCUUUCUUGCGGAAAACUACGGACUUGCCUCACUGAACAAUCCACAAACUCUCUCUCAGAACUCAAUAAGUUGUGAAUGUACGACAUUAGUAAUUAUCAUCAACUAAUUUCUCCCUGUAUCAAUACGUUGUCAGCUCGCAGGUCAGGCAAGAGACUAUUUUUUUGGGUCAGAAAAAUAAAAUAUCGUUUUUUUUUUUGUACAUUGUAAAGUUAGAAAACAAAAAGGUCAUGAUAUUCCAUACUGUAGAAAAUUUACAGUAAGAGGAAUCUUAACUGCGGAAAUAUUUGGGGUUUCUUAUUUCUUUGGGAGGGUAUACAAUAGCUUUUAUCUAAACCAGUCGUUUCAGGGGCUCCAUGAAAAAAAUCAUUUAAAACAAAAACAAACAUAUCUUUCCCCUAGUAAGUGUGAAUUGGGUGAAAGUAGAACAUUCCUUCCUGUAUUUCACACUUUUAAAAUCUUAAAACAGCAUUACUAUCAGGUUUUCUGACUUUUAAAUCACUGCGGUCAGUGAAUGAAAAGAUAACACGUCUGGAAUCAUCUGAAAAUCUACGUGUUGCGUGCAUGCGAUAAGAAAUCAGGAUACACCUAUACCUUAUGUAUGUAGGGCGGAUUCCAAAAGAACGCAACAAGUUUUCAGUUGCAAAAUAGUUCGACAUUGUCUGGGCUGAAAGUAAAUAAAUAAAUCAAAGGAAAACUACAGAAUGUGAAAGUAAGUGUCAAGUGGGGGGGAUAAGAAACCGGAAACUAAAAAUGAUAAAUCAAGACCCUGCUGAAAAGUGCUCAUUCCUGACAUUUUCACCUUUCCCGACCACGUAAAGAACUGCUCAUUCAUUUAAUGUGGAAAAUAUGACCUACAUUAUUUCGAAUCAUGAUUAACAAAGACCAUCGUUUUCAUAAACUUUGUCUAAAUCUAUAUGAAAACUAUCAAAGUUAUUUUUGUUUCCAGUCGUUUUACCUCAGACCUAUCUGUUGUCCUCUAUAGCUACCUAAUAAUUUGCUUUGUGUUGGUGUUCAUUUUCAGACCAUUUAGCUGUAUCAAUCGAUUCAAGACUGGUUUUUGACUAUUUUUUUAGACUUGUAGGGGUGCCUGAGAGAAGGAGGGGGUGGGGAACGGUCUUCAUAUUUGAUCUGACCGCAAGGCAUUUGUUACCCAUUUCCUGACAGCGAUGAUUUAUUAUUUCAAUCCAACCUGCCAAGAUGUCACAUCAGAGGUGUUUCAUCUAUUAUGCAUGCAAAAUUAAUGAAGUGUCAAAAGUGAUAAACAUUUAAUGACUUUCUCUGCUGCGUUGAAGUAGUGUGCCUGUCUCUUUUACCAACCAGGUGAAGGAGAAGUGUCGAAACCUCUCAAAGUGAAAUAAACUCAACUGUGCGUAAAUAAACACAAAAAACGUUGCAAACUGUGCUUGUUCCACAGGUGCAAAAUUUAGUAGAGCUAAAUUUAAUUAUUUUCUCAGAUCUGUGUGUCUUUUAGCCUCUUAAAACAGGAGUCAACUUGCACCUUCCUGACAGAAUUUUCUUUUCAGGCAACUGGUAAAAUUUUUUUUCAAUUAUGCUUCACGCGCGGUAGCGGACAACUAUAAUAAUUCGUACGGCCGAUUUCGCAACGGAUAGCCUGCAGAACAGAGGGCUCGUGUAUCGCGCUAGAGCCCGCUAAUCCGCCUGUACUGCAGGCUACGCAACGGAGGACUUGAGAAGCCGAACACAAGCGACAGAACUGGUGAUUAUGCUCUCCUAAUUGUCCCCAAUGAUUGUUCUUAACGGCAAUGAAACAAAUAAAAAGUAUCUGGGGGACGAAUCGUGCUGUCAAACUAAAUUACUUGACUGACUCCCUUCAUUACUAGGUGAAACUAAAUAGAAGCAGUGAAUGUCUCGACUCCCACGAUUGGGAUACUGCACAGUUCUAUUUGAGUGUUGGCCAAAAAAACAUACCGCCUGGUCAAGCUAUUCAGUGUCAUAACAAUUUUUAGCAUACAGUGUCUCUAUCAACUACAAUGCUCCUUGGCCUCCUCCUAUCAAAUCUUGUAACAUACCUACGUAGUAAGCAACCUAUUACAUUGUAAAUCGAUUAGAUACGGGCACUAAGAAAUACGAAACUAUAAUUGUAAUUUACUCUUUUCGUUUUGAAUUCAUCCAGUCUAUUUUAAUUCAGUUGUGAAGUGGAAGUGAUAAAACUUGAAAAGUGAGCCUAAAUCUCGGACCUUGAACUCGGAGAAGCAGGAAAGGGUCAAUGAUGCCUGUAAUUGAUAAAACUGUUUUUUUUUUUUUUUCCAGUUAUGAAACUUAAAAAGAAGGAAUCGGUGAUUUGCUCUGUUUUGAAAGAUAUUUUAUUUCUAAAUGUUUAAAAUGACAUCGAAAGAUUGGUAAACAGCGACGAAAACCGCUCGGGACAAAAAGGCGAAAAUUAACCAGAUUACUAUAGUAGGUAAUGACAGCAAAAAACAUAAAUCAACACGCCAAAUGAAUCGAGUUUCCAGGUCUCGAAAUCCUCAAACAUUCAAGAUAUUUCGGUUAUUCUACCUCACAGAAUUUAACCAGUCAAAUCUUCAGGUUUCUGCGGAACUAGCUACUGAGUUUGGUUUGCGCGCACGUCAUCUUCACUCUGAGGCGAACGGCUGUGUAAGUACAGCUUGCACGCCAAUGUAAACACAUCGUCCUACGCUUAAACCGAUUCAUUCUUUUUUCAAUUCUGAUGAUUCUUUUGCAAAGUUUGCAGGGGAUGUUCGGGCUGAAACUAUAAAUCUUGUUCCGUGAACUAUUUUGGAACGUUUCAGCGAGGAAGGCGUCACGCGCGCGGUGAAACUAAAGGAAGUAGGAGUCUCUUCUGUGACGUCACAUCGACGGAUAUUUUCUUUCGGCACAUUAUUGACACUGGGCAUACAUUUCCAUGCAAAGAUGAUGUGAACUUGUUCUAUCGCGAUCGGUCUAGGCACUCGGCGGUACCGAUCCUUUCUUUUACAUUUUAGUUAGACUUUUGUAUUUAUUAUUUUUUAACGAAAUUGUUACUGAACUGGGUCCUAAUAUGCCCACAAGUCCUAGCUAUUACAUGUUCGUUAUCUUGUUCGCGGUCGCCGCAAUGAUGUUGAACUCGGCGACGUGUCGAACUCGCACAGUGUAUUCCAAUACAUGGGUUGUGCAAGUCGAUGGCGGUCUGACAGGGGCUGAGAGGAUAGCAGCCGAAAGAGGUCUUACACUGUUAGGACAGGUUGGAAGUUUGGAAGGAUUUUAUAUGUUCAAGCAUAAUACACAUCCUAAACGAUCGAGACGCGAUGCCGUGGAUAUUACAUCGGAGUUGAGCGAACAUCCCAAUGUUAUUUGGGCCGACCAGCAAAUUGUAAAGAGACGCGUACGCAGGGAUUUCGAUCCUCACUACAACGACCCAGAUUUUGAUAAACAGUGGUUUCUUCAUAACACAGACAGCAUAUUUAGAGGCUAUGACCACAAUGUCCUUCCAGUUUGGGGACAGGGUGUUACUGGGAAGAAUGUUGUUGUUUCUAUAUUGGAUGAUGGAAUUGAAUAUACACACAGGGAUUUAAAGGCCAAUUAUGAUCCAGCAGCUAGUUAUGACUAUAACAGUAAUGAUGCAGACCCUGCACCAAGAGCAACAUGGAAUGAUGAAAACAGACAUGGAACAAGAUGUGCAGGUGAAGUAGCUGCAGCAGGAAACAACAGUGUCUGUGGGGUGGGUGUGGCACCAGGCUCAAAAGUAGGAGGUGUUCGAAUGCUAGAUGGUGAUGUGACAGAUGCAGUAGAGGCCUCAUCUCUUAGUCUCAAUCCACAGCAUAUUGAUUUGUAUAGUUCAAGCUGGGGACCAGAUGAUGAUGGAAGGACAGUCGAUGGACCGGCUAAAUUAGCAAAAAAGGCAUUUGAAGAUGGUUGUAAAAAAGGUCGUGGUGGAUUAGGCUCCAUUUUUGUGUGGGCUUCUGGGAAUGGAGGAAGAGGUCAUGACAGCUGCGCAUGUGAUGGCUACACAAACAGUGUUUACACCCUGUCAAUCAGUUCUGCAACAGAACAUGGAACGUCUCCGUGGUAUUCAGAAUACUGCUCAUCAACUCUUGCUACUACCUUUAGCAGUGGAAAUUAUGAAAUGAGAAAAAUUGUUACCACAGACCUUCAUGGACGAUGCACAAAUUCACAUACAGGUACAUCUGCUUCAGCACCUCUUGCAGCAGGAAUAUUAGCUCUUGCUUUGGAGGUUAAUCGUAACUUGACCUGGAGGGAUAUGCAGCAUCUUGUUGUUCGUACCUCAUCCAAUGCCAAGUUAAAAUCUGAUGACUUUGUUAUCAAUGGAGUUGGUAGAAAGGUCAGCCACAAGUUUGGUUAUGGCUUGCUUGAUGCAUUGGCACUUGUCAACCUUGCAAGGAAGUGGAAAACUGUACCACCACAGCAUGUCUGUCGUGAAAUACCAGAGGCACAGCAAAGGCCUAUCCCUGGGACAGGCACUUUGAAGGUGACUAUACCAUUUACAGCUUGUUCAGAUAAGAGUGACUAUGUGCGAUACUUGGAGCAUGUCCAGGUAGUCACAACACUGACUUUUACGCGACGUGGUGACCUCAGCAUCAAGCUGAUUUCUCCUCAAGGUACAGUUGCAAUUUUGCUGCCCCAACGUAAAGAAGACUACUCAAGCAGUGGCUUUACAAAUUGGGAAUUCAUGUCAACUCAUACUUGGGGUGAAGACCCAAAAGGAACUUGGACACUGGAGAUUGAAAACCAUGGUGCCUCUCGGAAUAGUGGAAUGCUCAAAGAUUGGUAUUUGGUUGCAUAUGGAACAUCACAGCCAGCUCAACCUAAUGAUUCCACAAAGGAACCAGUUCCUGCCUGUAACUUGGAAUGUCAGAAGGGAUGUACUGGACCAAAAGCAGAUGAGUGCAAUGAGUGUAAACACUUCAGAAGAAGUACCAACAAUGAAUGUGUUGCUGACUGCACAAACACAGAGUUCAGAGAUACCAAUGCAAAGCUUUGCAGACCUUGCAGUCCUGUGUGUGCAACUUGUCAUGGCCCCAACACAUCUGACUGUCUGUCUUGUCACUCACCCCUUAUUGUACACAAUGGAAGCUGUGUGAACUUUUGUCCUGAUGGCUUCUACAAACAUGUGCAAGAUUCUGUUGUGAUGUGUGGAAAGUGUGACAAGUCAUGUCUAACGUGUGCUGGUGAUGCAACAUCCUGCAGCUCCUGCACUUCAGACUAUAGACACUUUCUGGGAAAGUGUAUAGCCAAAUGUACUGAUGGACAGUAUUUAGAGGCUGAUGGACAAUGCGGACCUUGUCAUCCUUCUUGUCAUAAAUGCCAUGGUGGUAGUGAAAGCUCCUGCACAGAAUGUGGUACUAAAGAUGUACACCAAGUAUUAUUUCUGCAUGGUGGUGAAUGUAAGGCUUCUUGUCCAAGUGGUUUCUUUGGAGACAAAGACCUCAAAGAAUGCAAGCCUUGUGAUUCCGCUUGCAGCAGCUGUGCUGGUCCUUCAACUUCUGAAUGUGUGUCCUGUGCUAAGGGAUCUUUUAGACUUGGUGCUCCAGUUGGUACAUGUGUUGCAAAUUGCCCUGAAGGUCAGUUUGGUGAAUCAUCUAAUGGAACAUGUGCUCGUUGCCAGUCAUCAUGCAAACAUUGCGACCCUGUUGAGCCUACUAAAUGCACCAGCUGUCCAGUGGGCAGAUUCCUUCACAUGCAUCAAUGCUUUUCUGCCCAACAGUGCCCUGCAGGUACAUAUGGAAAUACCACGUCUGGGAGAUGUGAAAAUUGCCAAGUUGGAUGUGCCUCUUGUAGUCUUACCUCUGGUCUGAAGUGCGUUGCUUGUUCAGAAGGAUUCGUCAUGCACAAAUCUCAGUGUCUGAUGCGCUGCCCUGAAGGAACCUUCCCCAGGCAUUCCAACAGUUGUGUCCCAUGUAAUUCUACGUGCCAGACAUGCUUCGGUGAAGGCAGUGAUCAGUGCCUCUCGUGCUCUCUUCCAAGGCUCCUUUCUGGUUCAUCAUGUGUCACCAAAUGUCCAACUGGAAUGUUUCACAGCCAGGUUACUCAUAGUUGUCAGUCGUGUCACGCAACGUGUGAAUCAUGCAGUGGACCAUCUACUAGUGACUGCCAUUCUUGUAAAGCCGGCUUGUCGCUCAAUGGCUCAGGAUGUAAAGCAUCUUGUCCAAGUGGCAAGUUUAAUGCCAGUGAGGGCUGUCAGAGCUGCCAUCCUGUGUGCCUUGUAUGCAAUGGUCCAACUGAAAAAGACUGCCUUAGCUGUAGUGAAAUCAAAUUUCUUGACCUACAAACAAAGCAGUGUACUUACGAGUGUCCUGAUGGUUAUUUUGGUGAUUUGGAAACAACACACUGCAAGUCUUGUUCUCCUGGGUGUAAGAAAUGUAAGAACAACGCAGAAUGUUUGUCGUGUGGACCGGGGUUAUUGCUUGUGGGCAACUCAUGUCAAACACAAUGUCCAGCAGGUCAUUACCGCAGCAAAGCCAACUCUUGUGAACCUUGUGAUGGUAUGUGUAAGGAAUGCGCUCUGUCCUCCAGUAACUGCAUCCAGUGCCAAGAGCAUGAAGUGCUGAGUCGUGGCAAAUGUGUCAGCAUUUGCCCAGUGGGAACAUUUUUGCUGCAAAAUACAAAGAGUUGCGUGCCCUGUCAUUCUUCUUGCAAAUCGUGCUCUGGACCCACAGCUAAUGAUUGUACAGGAUGUGAUACCAAAUCUGUUAUGGUGAACUCAAGAUGUUUGGCAUCUUGUCCUUCAGACUACUUCUUUGACAAGGAAGCGAACAGUUGUCAGCCAUGUGACUAUUACUGUUCAACCUGCAAAGGAGGAAAUGGUCUCAGAAAUUGCACUAGAUGUGUAUCACCAUUUGUACUAUACAAGCACUACUGUAUCAGAGAGUGUCCUCAGCAUGGUUGGGUGUUAGAUAGCGAUAAUCAAAAGUGUAUACAAUGUCACUCUUCCUGUGCGAGGUGCAUUGGACCCACAGCAAAUGACUGUAUUGCGUGCAGGGAACCUGAUACAAGUCUUGUUGGAUUUUCAUGUAAGAAGGAAUGUCCCACUGGAACAUUUGCCAAUCAGGUGACAGGGCUCUGUGAGAGAUGUCACCCGACAUGUCAAACGUGCUCAGGAGCUGGUGCAGACAGUUGUUUAUCAUGUGCAGAAGACUUGGUUCAAAAUAGAAGCACAGGCAGAUGUAGCUCAGUUUGUCCACAAGGACAAUUUUCAACCGAAGGAAAAUGCAGCGAGUGUCAUCCAAAUUGCAAAAGUUGCAAUGGUCCAGGCAGCUCCAACUGCCUCAACUGUCCCGAGGGCAAAGCGUUCUACAAUUUUACUUGUGUAAAUGUCUGUCCUGAUCGGACUUAUGUCACUGAUAAGAACGGCAUUCAUCAGUGCCAGCCGUGUCAUCCAGUCUGUCAUUUAUGUUAUGGCCCGUCUAUGGAUAGCUGUCUCAUGUGUAAGAAUCCACUUUACCUUGAGGGCAGAAUGUGCGUUGUACAGUGUUCACCUAAUCAUUCUAUCGAUGAACGCACAAGAUCUUGUAAUCCAUGCGGAAGUGAAUGUAGAUCAGUAGCUAGAGAUAAACAUCGCUCCAUUCAGUACCCAAAUAACAAAGCAUUGGAAUUUGUACUGAAAGAUCCUAAAGCGAACGGGGUAUCUAUCAUCGCCAUUGCAGCUGUGUCAGUGUCAAUAGUCGUGUUCCUUGUUAUGUUUGGAGUUCUUCAGUUUCGAUCCAAGAAGCAACUGAGAUACACCAAGGUCAAUGUAGAACCAUUCAGCAAGGAGGACGAUGAGGAAGACAGUUUUCUUUUAAACGGUAGAGACGACAGGCAUGAAGAUUCUUCCUUUUAAGGCAAUCCUAGUCUUCAGUUGUCAAAAGACCUGUUUAACAUAUGUGGCAUGCCAACUGGACUGCAAGACUUCUUUCACAAGUUAUGUAUAUUACUUCAAUAGACAAUACACAUACCGCCAGUCGGCAUGUCCUGUAGUCAAGAUUAACUUAUAUGAACAAUUCCAAAAUACUGAGUUGCCUAACUCCAAGUAGACUGAUGUCUAUGGUUGUGAAUAACCAUUGCAGGAUGUCACUGAUAAUGUGUUUUGCUAUAUUAAUGGAAAGGAGGGUGAAGGGAAGUUUAUGGAAUUUUAAAACGAGAAAUUCAGAUUCACCAAGUCAUUUCAUUUUGAAAAUGAAAAUUGCACUACUGGGGCUUAAAUUAUUUUGAUAUUAAACUUCAGCAUUGUUAAAAAGAGCAAAUGCUUAAAGUCCUCAGUCUCAUUAUUAUCAUUAAUUCAAUCUGAUAGUCUUGCCGAACAAUGCUAUUUUGUAUGUCUUGAUAGUUCAUUUUCUAACGCAAUCCCAAAUUUUAACAGCAUACUGUAGUUAACAAGCGUCAUCUUUACAUGAAUUGGUGACAGCGAAAUGUUCUAAGUAUUUUGAUAGUAGAAGUUAAUCCAGGGUAAUGCUUUACGGCCUGUAUAAAAUCUAUUACUGGGGCAAAUUGGAAUUUUUUAGUACAUAAAGAUUUCUUAUGAUGGUGACGAAAGUCUAUAUGAAUAUUAUUUCAAAAAUCAAAAAUUAGUCUUAAUCUCUUAGUUUUUACGUCAGUAAAUUAUUUAGUUAGUUUUAAUCAAAAGAAGAAUGUUUGCAGUGUUACGAUCGCGAUCAUCAUUAUCCGUAGAUCAAAGCACCAUUUCUUACCAACGAUGGUUUUUUUGGAGCGCCAAGUAAUCACCAAACACCCAGACAAAUCGAUAAUUAUGGAGAUAAUAAAAUUAUUAUUACUGCAACGACAUAGUAGUAACAAUUAUAAAGUUUUCUUGGAUUAUUCAAGAGAAAUAAAAAUAUUUUUGUAUAA